AUGGAGGAGUUCUUUAAAUCGGCGCUGCCAAGACUCGACUACCACAACGGGCUGGACACCGACAGCACUUUGGCCUUGCCGGCCGAGCCGAGCGCUCGAUCCUCGGAUUGGUUUACAACGGGCGACCGCAGUCUGCGGGUGCAACAGCAGGUUCAACUCACUUUGGCUAGGAAGGCUAAAAGGAGCGCAUCAAAUGGCAGUGUCCAUUUACAGAGAAGUGCCUUAAAGAGUUUUGAUGCUGCUGACGGACAGAGGCCUCGCAUCACGGUAAACGGUAAUGGUUGCUUUCUGUCAAACACUGAGCGUUUGCGCAGGCCGUCCAGAAGAGUGGAGGUUUCCCCGCCGGAGACGCCCGACACUGCUCGGCACCAUUUUGUUUUUAACGGCGCCUGCACUCUGCCCGUCCGCAGCAUAUCCCACAGGAACUGCUCCCUGCUUGGCCGCUCACUGGGCUCGAAUCAGCGCUACACCCUUUCUGAAGCGAGGCGUCGGGGGCCCACCUGCACCUCCACGCCAGCCGCCGACUGUAGCUUCCGCGAUUGGUCGGACGUGUCCUUUGGCCGGCCUAGACACAGGUCUGCCUGGAACGAGUCGGCCUUCCAGCAAAGCGAGGGGAUGGUCGUUGCACCCCAGUUCCGUCAAAGGCUUCUCCGACUGAACACGUACCCGCCUUUGAUGAACAGCGUGGAGGCGGACUUGGGGGGCCGAGCGGGGUCUCAGCUGAUCCAAACCAACAAUGUCUUAACUCUAUCAGAAAAGCCUCCUGAGAUGACGCUGGAGCGGGCCGUCAACCUGCUGACUCAUCAGAAUGAGGACACGCUGAUCAGAGCCGCCGCUAACAUCCAAUCUCAGUGUUUCAAGAGCGCCGAUGCCAGGAAGAUGGUUUAUUUUAUGCGCGGCAUCAAGAAGCUGUUGCAGCUUCUCAACAACGACGAAGAGGAAGUACAAAGGGCCGCUGCUGCUGCUCUACGUAACGUCGUGUACCAAAGCAGCGACAACAAAAUGGAGGUGAAAGAUCACGCCGGUCUGGCCACCAUUUUGCGCGUCUUGAAGAACAGUCGCGACAUGGAGACCAGAAGACAGCUCGCUGGACUUCUGUGGAACUUGUCCUCUCAUGACCUAUUGAAGGAAAAUCUCUCCAGAGAAGCUUUGGAAGUUCUCACGAAGUCAGUCCUCGUGCCGAGCUCCGGCAUCUCCGAAGGCGAGAACCCCAAAGACGAACUUCUCGCUGAUGACGAGGUUUUCCAUAACGCUACCGGCUGCCUCAGAAACCUGAGCUCAUCCGGUCCGGAUGGGAGAAAAGCCAUGAGGGAUUGCGAGAACCUCAUCGAUUCUCUAGUUUACUACAUCCGACGAACCGUGUCCGACUACAAAGCUGAUGACAAGUCCACGGAGAAUUGCGUGUGCAUCUUGCACAACUUGUCAUAUCAAAUCGAGUUGGAGCUUCCCAACAAAUACGCUUCCAAUCUCCCGGCGUCGCAAGAAGACGUGGCGCUUAAGCCCAAGGCGCUCGGAUGUUUUGCUCAGCGCGGCGUCAAGACCAAAGAGCAAGAGCAGCGUCAUCGCACGCUCCUGGAGGAGAAGGCCAACCCUCGUGGCAUCGAGUGGCUGUGGAGCUCCAUUACCAUCCGGAUGUAUUUGUCACUCAUCGCCCGUAGCGGUCGCCAUUACACCCAAGAAGCGGCAGUCGGAGCUUUGCAGAACAUCACGGCCGGAAACGGACCGGUGACUGAAGCGAUCGCCUACACCGUCGUGCGCAAGGAGAACGGCCUCCAGCACGUGAGGAAAAUGCUGCAAGAGGGCGAGCGCAAUGUGAAAAGGACGGCCGUGUCGCUUCUCAAAAAUCUGUCGCGCUUUCCAGAGCUGCACCCAGAUAUUGUAAAGCAGGUGUUGCCAGAAGUGGUGGAGCUCAUGCCCAACAAUGACACGGGACACGACCUCCCCUCGGACGUGACGGCGUCGUUGUGUCACAUUCUUGUCAACUUGAGCCAGAGCGACGUGCAAAAUGUUCGAGCUAUGUUGAGCCAGGACGCCCUCCCGAAGAUCUGCAACAUCAGCAAGAAGGACAACGGUUAUGGACCAAGUAGAGCAGGUGUAGCAGCAUGUGUCCUACUACACUCCAUGUGGGAGCACACUGAUCUCCAUGCGACCUAUAAAAAGUGCGGCUUCAGGAAAACAGAUUUCAUCAAUGCGAGGACCACAAAGUCUGUGAACUCCCUCUAG